CUGCGCUUUCCGAGUGACGCGGCGGGAGGCGACGAAGAGGACAGAAGACACGGGCGCUGCAGAAAGCUCUUUGGGGUUCGUUGCUUUCGUCUUGAGAGAGAAUUCCCCGUCCAAGUCUGAGGUAAACCUGAGCAAGUUCAACACGAGUGGCUGCGUUUCCCAAAAUCAAGAUGACGAGACACAUUUUUCUGUGGAUCGUUUCCGUGGCGCUGUGGACGGGCGUGACGUGCCGCGUCGUGGCCCCACAGCAGGGAAUAACAGCCUCCUCCGGCCUUCCCAGAGGUCGGCGAUGCUGCGGAGGCGACCACACCCCCUGCAGAGCUGCUUCUUCAGGCACCGCGGCCGCCUUCUCGCCUCCGCUCCAUUAUGGGAACCUGUCGCAGGCGUCGCAGGAAAUCGCUUGGUCGUAUCAACCUCUGAGGUGUCCCAACGGCUUUAGGGAGACGCCUUAUGACUUGGAUGGGAACCAGAACUGGCUGAUUGUGAGCGAGGACGGUGUAGCACUGCGAUGGCUCGAGCUCGUGUCCAAAGAGACGGAGGAAUACUGCGUGACACGUACUCCACAUGGCGGAUAUCGCGCUGCUACUUGCCGCCCAGAUACAAACCAAAUAUGCAACGACAGGACUUGUAUCCAGAAAUGCUGCGGCGUAGGGGAGGUUAUGUCACUCUCCCGUAGAUGUGUCAAGCGCCAGGGCAGAGGGUUUUCCCCGGAGUUUCGUUCGCUUCAAGGAGACCCAGUCGAGAUUCCCAAGAACCUCCAGGUUAUCGACAAGGUGCCUCACUGUGACUCCAUAAUUAUGCUCAACCCGCAGAAGGAACCUAAUGACCGCUACCUGAUUCUGCCAAACAGCCGACUCUACCACCCGGCGAAUGACCAGUACUAUUCCAUUGGCAGCUACUGCAUUGACGAAUGGACUGAAUGGUCGGUCCCAAUGGCGCUGGUGUGCAUCGAGGUGAGAGACAUGAUCAAAAUAUACCUACAAACUGCCGGCGUGGCGGUGUCGUGCGUGUUCUUGGCGGUGACGAUCCUGUGUCACAUCGUGGUUCCAAAGUUACGUGACACGCAGGGACUCUGUUUCCUGUGUCAUAUGGUGUCACUUUUUGUAGCAGAUGCCGCGCUCUUCAUUAGCUAUUUGCCCACCUACAGGGAUCCUGGCUUGGCGUGUGUGAUAAAUGGUAUGAUCAUCCAGAUGUCUUUCCUGGCCACCUUCUUUUGGCUCAACGUCAUGUGCUUCGACAUCUGGCGUGUGAUCAGAGCGACUGUGAACCUCGUCCCACUUACGGGCAUUUUAUCCAACGACUCGAACAAAUUCAAGGCCUAUUCUGCGUACGCGUGGGGCGGCCCCUUCGUCGUCACCUCCGUCAGCGCCCUCCUCUUCUUCCUGCCGGAGAGAUUCGUCGUGGCUGGCGUGAUCCGUCCGGAUUUCGGGGUUGUUAAUUGCUUUUUACAUGGCGACCUCGAACGCCUCGUCUACUUCUAUGGCCUGGUCGGUGCGCUGUUCUUGGUAAAUCUGCUGCUGCUCGGCCACACCAUCUACAUGCUGUUCCGAGCAGGGGCUGCGCUCGACUGCUGCAGCAAGACCGAGAGCCCGAGAGCGUUCAAUCGCGUUCACCUCGACGCGUACUGGCAGCGGUUCAGUCUGUUCACGCUGAUGGCCGUGUGCUGGGUCACGGAGCUGCUCUCCUGGAAGAUCCCGCCUGAGGGCAUGUGGAUUGUCACCGACCUCCUCAACUCCCUCCAAGGCCUCGUGGUGUUCCUGAUCUUCCUCUCGAGCAAGAAGAAGCGGCAUCUGGUGGUGGAGUUUUGCCAGAACAAGGAGCUUCUCGCGCGACUCCUCAGGCGCGACUCGAAGGCUCUGUCGCCCACUUGAAGGGGAUCCAAGAUUGAAGAGGGGAUAAGGGCGGGGGAAUAGGAGAUGGUGAAGAUAGAUGAUACGCGUUACGAUGAUGAUGAUGAUGGUGAUAGGGUGAUGAUAUGGUGAUAAUGAUCGCUGAUGGUGAUGAUAUGGUGAGGAUGAUGAUAAUGCUACUAAUAAUAGAAUAACAAUAAUAAUUAAACGCGGUGAAGGUAAUGGAACACUUUGCGUUAGACAAAGACCUAUUAAUAAGUGGGACGCUUAUUUGGAAGUUCUUGUGGACCUUCAACACAGGACAAACCGUUUUGUAAUAGUGACGCUUGUGAGAAAAAAAAUGGUUUUGUGUGGUGAUGAAAGAUAAUAUGAAAUAAGUGCUGUGUAACAGAAUCUUUUGUUCAGGACAUACCACUUAUAGUUUUCUAGCAAUUUCCAUAGUUUAUCGACACCUAAAUGAAACUGGCUUCUUUGAAAACCUGCAGUACUCUACGGGGAAUGUGACGUUGCAGCUGAUUAUCAGAAUGACGAAAUGAAUAUAUUUGAGUCUGAAUCUGAUGAGCAUUAAGUCAUUAACCCACUGACAGAGAGGACAAAAGAACCACAGGUGUUGCCCUUUCCGUCCGUCUUAUAUCGGCAACUCACGCAGGUGC